UCAUAGCCUCUCUUCCUUCAUUCCCUCGUCAGCUGCUUUGACCGUCUCCUCUUCCCCACCUCCCUCCACACCUCCCAGCACACAUCUUGCGUCGUCGACGGCACCCUUAAGCCUGUCGACCAGGGCCCUCUUGUACUCCACCUCCCGCCUCAGUGUCCGCACCACCUCCUCACACACCAUGGCACGCUGCAGCCGACUCGUGGCGCUCGCCAGGUUCUGCAGGAUGCGAAACACGUUGUCGAACCGGGCGUUGUGGCGCCCCUUGCCCUCCACCAGGGCGUCGAGCAUCGCCCGGAUCUCGUCGGGCAGCAUGUCUACCAGCCGCCUCAUCUCCUCACGCAGAUCUGCGUCGGGGGCGUCGCUGAGCAUGUUGGUGACACUGUCGAGUGGCGGUGGAGGCGAGAAAGUGGUGGUGAAGACUUGCCCGAAGGCCCAGAAGGGGUCCACAGAUGCCGGCGGCGGGAGGGCAUCGAUGCUGCUGUGAAAGAUCUUGUAGUGGAUGGGAGGCGGCGGAUACGCGUCCGCAUAAAGCGGCUCACCGUGCGUAUGGCUGUCCUCCAUCACCA